AAAGUCCUUGGUCCGUUCUCGCGAUGCACGACAUUCGUUUCCCUAGCACAGGAGCAUCCGUAUUGUAUUAGUAAACAUCUGACACUGACACUUCGUCCCACGGUCCACGCUGCGCGAUUCAGCCCACCGGCGGCGCGACGAGCCCCGAGGAUAAUAUACCGUACGCCACGUUCGGCGCGGUGCCGCUACCAUGUCUUCCGCUAAGGAUUCGCGUGACGGCGGUGGCUUCGUCUUCGUCCCCAUAUCCCAUCCAAGCGAAUCAGCGGGCUGGAAACGGAAAGUCAGAUCUCAUGCGGCAAAAGGCAUCUGGGCCCGCAGACAGCGGGUUGCCGCCUAUCAACAAGCCAACGCCCAAUCGAGUUCCCCCUCUGACGGCCAAUAUCCAGAGGGCACGCCACCCCUCUCGUCAAGCCAGCACCCAAAAGCUUUAACGUUGGUCUCCUGUAGGGGUUCUUCGAAACCGGAUCACCGCAAUGCUUUCCCGCCCGGUCCCAUCUCGUUUCUGAGCGCUGCAAGGACCGAUCCGUUCAAUAGCUAUAAUAGGGCUAUCGCUCCGUGGGAGAAACGGCUACUUGAUCACUUUAUGCAAUACCUGAUCUUAGAAGAGAUGGUGUUCAUGCCCUCCCUGAACAUAGACAUUGCGGGCGAUAACGUAUCGUUCUGGACAAGCAUAUGUACCUAUUUCCUGCAAGCUUCCCUCUCCGACCCUGGAAUGCUUGCUACCACCCUACUUUAUUCCUGCCGCCACAUGGCGGCCAAACAGCGCAACGAAAUAUUCAGCUUGCAGGCGACCAAAUACAGAUUGCACUGUAUCCAAUCUCUCAACCAGACCCUGACGAGAGAAGGGAAGGAUAUCAGCCAGCUUACCAUUGCCAAGACGAUAGCUUUAGCCUCAGAUGCGUACUUCACUGGCGAAUAUGAUGCCGCAGAAAAGCAUCUCAAGGCGGUAGGGCAAAUGGCUAGGGUAAAGGACGGGGGACUAGACUCGAGCGACUUCCUCGGUAGACUCGUCAUCUGGUUCGCUGGUGACGCACAGUCGAAGGAUAUGAUAGGUACGUUAAAGCUCAACUUUGAUACGGAAACGGCCCCCGUUACCAAAGUAGACAAGAACUUGGUAUAUCAUGUCAGUGCUCCCGCAAGCCGCGACGGAAGAGAUUAAGAUAUUUAGUCACGAACGAAUGGACUCUUUGAUUAUGCUAUGGACUUUUACGCUGGAUGCAUGCAACCUCUAAUGCAACAUGACUCACGUGCUUGAUCCUAGGAGCCCACG